AUGGUUGUUGAACCAAAUAAGAAGAAGAUGGUUUCGAAGAAACGUAUGAGAUCCAUAAUGGAACUUGACCAUCCAGAAGAUCUUGACGGAAGCGCAGUAGGGGAGAAGACAGAAACUAUUAAGAAUAUUCAUACUAUGUUUGAGGUUUUGAAGACGAGGAAGAAAUCGGUUAAGUUCGAAAAUGUUAUUCUGAACAGAAAUUCGUUUGGGCAGACAGCAGAAAAUUUAUUUGCGCUUUCUUUUUUGGUAAGCAUGGGUAGAGCUGAAAUUGAAGGAGAUGAUGAUGGUCAUCUGGUGGUUUCAUUAAGAAAUGCACCAAAUUCAAAUUUAAUAAAAUGCGGGGAAGUUCAGUGCAAGCAUUUUAUACAUGUGCUUGGUUACAAGGACUGGAAUAUGACGAAAGAUUUAGUUGGUGUUGGGGAUGAGGUUAUGCCACAUCGCAACUCAGAUAACAUCGAAGGUGACCUCUCUGCUGGUAACUUUUUGAAACUAGAAAAUGUGUAA